CGUGUAUUUAAACUCAAAUACUAUUUAUCUCUCUUCCUCGACACUCUAGAGUUGCCAUAUACACUUGCAUCACUAUUCAUCAUGACUACACAAACUAUGAAGGCUGUCAACUAUCAAGGCCCUUACAAGGUCAAGGUUCAGGAUAUUGAACUUCCUAAGCUGGAGCAUCCUGACGACGUCAUUGUCAAGGUUACGACUGCUGCUAUCUGUGGCUCCGACUUACACAUGUAUGAAGGCCGAACAGCAGCAGAACCCGGCAUUACCUUUGGUCAUGAGAACAUGGGCAUUGUCGAACAGCUUGGCGAAGGUGUCACGCUGCUAAAGAAAGGAGACCGAGUCGUCAUGCCCUUCAACGUCGCUGAUGGCCGAUGCCGUAACUGUGAAGAGGGCAGAACUGCUUUCUGCACUGGUGUCAACCCCGGAUUUGCCGGAGGUGCUUAUGGCUAUGUCGCCAUGGGCCCUUAUCGGGGAGGACAGGCACAGUAUAUCCGAGUUCCUUAUGCCGACUUCAACGCUCUCAAGCUCCCUGCUGGCAAGGAGCAUGAAGCUGAUUUCAUUCUUCUCGCUGAUAUCUUCCCUACCGGGUGGCACGGCGUUGAAAUUUCUGGUUUCCGAUCAGGCGAGAGCGUCGCUGUCUUCGGUGCUGGGCCCGUCGGCCUCAUGGCCGCUUACUCCGCCGUUCUUCGUGGCGCAUCCAGAGUAUUCGUUGUUGAUCGUGUUCCCGAGCGUCUUCAGGCCGCCGAGAAGAUCGGCUGCACGCCAAUUGAUUUUUCAAAGGGAGAUGCUGUUGACAUGAUCAUCAAGGCCAACGACGGAGAGGAGGUUGACCGAUCUGUUGAUGCUGUCGGCUACCAGGCGGUCAGUAAAAGCGGCGAUACUGAGCAGCCCAACAUUGUAUUGGAGAACAUGAUUAAAGUGACAAGAGCUUGUGGUGGACUGGGUAUUCCUGGUCUUUACGUCCCUAGUGAUCCUGGUGCUUCUGAUGAGGCAUCAGCAAAGGGGAUGAUCAGCCUUAGCUUUGGCAAGCUAUUUGAAAAGGGACUUACUAUUGGCACUGGCCAAUGUAAUGUCAAGUCUUACAACAGAUAUCUCCGAGAUCUUAUUAUUUCUGGUCGAGCUAAGCCCAGCUUCGUUGUCUCGCAUGAGAUCAACAUUGAAGAAGCUGAAGUAGCUUAUGAGAAGUUUGACAAGCGAAUUGACGGAUAUACGAAGGUUCUUAUUCACCCUAAUGGUGGUUUCUAAAAUUGGUACAAGACGUAAAAGCUGUGGAGUGCCUAAUAAGAGCAUGUUGGGGAGAGUUAUAUGUAUCUGUAAGUGGUGCUUGUGAGGCUGGGAGCGUUGUAUCUGGCAUUGGUGAGGUGUAUUGAAGUUUAAGGAAGUAUUCAUAGCGCGAAAUCGAUCAUUUGCAUCUUGCCAUAAAGGCAGCACACCCUCCACUUCUGUUGCUAUAUAAUCUAAAUAGGGAUAACUCACAAUGAUACUUACAUGGCAACUUGUCAUGAGCUAGAGAAAGGCUGUUUAGAUCUUCA